AUGGAACCCGUGCCUGAACUCCACUCCCUCGAGGAAUUCAGAGCAUCUCCAGUACCAAGAUUACGAUUACAAGAAUCGGCUCUCUACGAUAGUCAAACUCCGAUAAAGGAUCGAGAACAAUCUAGCAGACCUCCGAACCUUCGUCGAACUACAGAUCCAAUACCUCAAACACCUCGUUCUCCAGGAUGGUCAUCUCCUGUUACUCCUUCAAUUCCUUUUCGUCCCCGCAAUACCUCACCAUAUGCUAGAGGUCAUUUUAGAUCAAGAUCAAACGGCAGUGCUCUUGCACCUCCAAUGUCGCGCGCACAAUCACUUCCUGGCGUAAACGGGGCUGGUCAUUUACUUAUGUCUCCUCCGAGACCCGCGAGUCCUUUGAGUUCACCAGCUAGAGUUCGCAUACCCAGAAAACCAGCAGAUGAGGUAUUCCCAGGCUUUCCGAAUCGUGCUUUGAUCAAUAUUAGUGAAGAUGGACAGUCAGCGAUAGAGGAGGAUACUCCAAAAAUGGCAGAUCGAAGUGCCUCACCAAUUUUAGGCAUACCUUCUAAUGGUACUUAUACACGAGUACGAAGACCAGCCUCCCCUUUACGACAGAUUGCACCAACAAGUCCUUUCUACAGUGGCACAACCCCCACGACACCAUCCUCUUCGACUUCGUCGACUUCAUCCCCAUCAUAUCACACAAUGAAAUUCGGCGAAUCUUACCUCACAUCCAAUAAUCCACUGUAUUAUUCUGGUUCAUAUGCAUCCUCAUCAGUUCCUUCCACACCUACCUCGACUCGAUCUCGCAGCCCAAGUAUAUCCAGUUUGGAAACAAUACCUGAUACGCCAGAUGCAGAAGAAGCUGCCUUGGAAGCAGAGAGAAUUGCUCAGUUGAAAGCUGCAGCAGAUGCGGCGGAUGGGUAUGAAGGUGAAGAUGCCAAAUCUAGAGGAUUAGACACUUCAGGAGGUCGUAACAGAGUUUUGGGAGGAUUCGGUACACGAGACAAGAGAAAACGCUGGAGUGUUUGUGGUGCUGAAAGACGAGGUGAUUUGAAUCUAGAUACUAUCUGGGAGGAUUGA